ACUCCGGCCCUCGCCCCCGGCUCGCGGCGCCCGCGCCCCGGAGUUCCUGCAUGACUGUCACAAAGAUGUCCUGGCGUCCGCAAUACCGAAGCUCCAAGUUCCGGAACGUGUAUGGGAAGGUGGCCAACCGGGAGCACUGCUUUGAUGGGAUCCCCAUCACCAAGAACGUGCACGACAACCACUUUUGUGCCGUCAACGCCCGCUUCCUGGCCAUCGUCACCGAGAGCUCAGGAGGAGGGUCCUUCCUAGUCAUUCCCCUGGAACAGACAGGCAGGAUUGAACCCAACUACCCCAAGGUCUGUGGGCACCAGGGGAACGUGCUGGACAUCAAGUGGAACCCCUUCAUUGACAACAUCAUUGCCUCGUGUUCAGAGGACACAUCGGUGCGCAUCUGGGAGAUCCCUGAGGGCGGGCUGAAGCGGAACAUGACAGAGGCUCUCCUGGAGCUGCACGGGCACAGCCGGCGCGUGGGGCUGGUCGAGUGGCACCCCACCACCAACAACAUCCUGUUCAGUGCCGGCUAUGACUACAAGGUCCUCAUCUGGAACCUGGACGUGGGGGAGCCCGUGAAGAUGAUCGACUGCCACUCGGACGUGAUCCUCUGUAUGUCCUUCAACACCGAUGGCAGCCUGCUCACCACCACGUGCAAGGACAAGAAGCUGCGCGUGAUCGAGCCCCGCUCUGGCCGUGUUCUGCAGGAGGCCAACUGCAAAAACCACAGAGUGAACCGGGUGGUGUUCCUGGGGAGCACGAAGCGGCUCCUCACCACAGGGGUCUCCAGGUGGAACACGAGGCAGAUUGCCCUCUGGGACCAGGAGGACCUAUCGAUGCCUCUGAUCGAGGAGGAAAUUGACGGGCUCUCCGGCCUCCUGUUCCCCUUCUAUGACGCCGACACCCACAUGCUCUACCUGGCUGGAAAGGGAGACGGGAACAUCCGGUACUACGAGAUCAGCACUGAGAAGCCCUACCUGAGUUACCUCAUGGAGUUCCGCUCCCCAGCCCCGCAAAAAGGCCUCGGGGUCAUGCCCAAGCACGGGCUGGACGUGUCGGCGUGCGAGGUGUUCCGCUUCUACAAGCUGGUGACUCUCAAGGGCCUGAUCGAGCCCAUCUCCAUGAUCGUGCCCCGGAGGUCAGAUUCCUACCAGGAAGACAUUUACCCCAUGACGCCAGGCACGGAGCCAGCUCUGACCCCUGAUGAAUGGCUGGGAGGCAUCAACCGAGAUCCUGUGCUGAUGUCUUUGAAAGAAGGCUAUAAGAAGUCCUCAAAAAUGGUAUUUAAGGCUCCCAUCAGAGAAAAGAAGAGCGUUGUGGUCAACGGAAUAGAUUUAUUAGAAAAUGUCCCACCCAGGACAGAGAAUGAGCUCCUCCGAAUGUUCUUCCGGCAGCAGGACGAGAUCCGGCGGCUGAAGGAGGAGCUGGCGCAGAAGGACAUCCGCAUUCGGCAGCUCCAGCUGGAACUGAAGAACCUGCGCAACAGCCCCAAGAACUGUUAGCUGUCCGUGGGGCUGCCGUCUGAGCCGGUCUCUCCGUUGUUCCUGCUCAUCCCUUGACUUCCCCUUAGCCUGUGACCCCAGAGACAGCCAGGAAGGGAGCUGGGGGACAGCCUAAGGACCCCACCUGCCACCUCAAGAACUGGAAGC